AUGCUCCAAAUUGAAAUCAGUGACCUUGGCCACCCUACCUUGACUACCGUGACAAACUUGAUCGUUCAAAUAAUUGAUGUCAAUGACAAUGCACCCUCAUUCAUACAUUCUGACACACCGUCAGUCCUCAACCUCAUUUCUGGAACUCUGCAGACUACUGCUUACGAUUAUAGUGAUCAUGAUACUAUAAACUCUGAGCAAGAUGAUUAUGACCAUUUGUCGGCGACAAGGAGUGAUGCUAGUAAAGAGCACAAAGUUUCCCAGCUGCCACUAAAAGGGGUUCCGAAUGGGUGGUGGGCCGAUGGAGUUGUGCAAAUUCAAAAAGAAUACCAUUUUCUGAUGAUGGCCUUAAGUUUGGAAGAUGCGGUCCAGAGCCUGAGGGAAGAAGUUAAGAAGGAGACACGAAAGCCAGGCUCGGAAAGUUCUAGAGGCAGUGGUCCGAAGCACGCGGAAAGAAAAGAGAGACAGGAGAUGCCUCCACUAAAUUCAACUUUGAAUGAAGCUCACGGCUCCUGGAGCUGGUUGUCAAACGACGCUGCCAAAAAUUGGUGGCGCGAACAAAUGAGCCCAUGUUUUUCUGGGGCUGUUGAAGGGACUGUCGAAGUAUCUAUCUUGAAGGGUCUUGGACCAUGGACGGAAAAUACUCGUUUGGUAGGCUGUGUGAAAGCCACCGAUUUGGACAAAGGUAUGUAA